AUGUCUGACGCCGGAGAAAUUGAAGUCGAGCAGCCCCAGGGCUACCCCGUCCUGCCCAAGGAUGUCGCCCAGGAGAUUGGCAGCGUCAAGCUGUUCAACAAGUGGACCUACGAGGAUGUCGAGAUCAGAGAUAUCUCUUUGACCGACUACAUCCAGAUCCGUCAGCCCGUCUACCUCCCCCACUCUGCUGGCCGUUACGCCUCCAAGAGAUUCCGCAAGGCCCAGUGCCCCAUCAUUGAGCGUCUCACCAACGCCCUCAUGAUGAACGGCCGCAACAACGGAAAGAAGAUCAUGGCCGUCCGCAUCGUCGCCCACGCCUUCGAGAUCAUCCACAUCAUGACCGACCAGAACCCCAUCCAGAUCGCCGUCGACGCCAUCGUCAACUGCGGUCCCCGUGAAGACUCCACCCGUAUCGGUUCCGCCGGUACCGUCCGUCGCCAGGCCGUCGAUGUCUCUCCCCUCCGCCGUGUCAACCAGGCCAUUGCCCUCCUGACCAUCGGUGCCCGUGAGGCCGCUUUCCGCAACAUCAAGUCUGUUGCCGAGUGCCUUGCUGAGGAGCUCAUCAACGCCGCCAAGGGUUCUUCCAACUCGUACGCCAUCAAGAAGAAGGAUGAGCUCGAGCGUGUCGCCAAGUCCAACCGAUAA